GCUAAUUAACUGCCCAGGCCGGCCUUCGGUGCAUAAUAUUGUAAUGAGGUAGGAGGGAGAGCCGCAGCUGCUCCAGCAUGAGCAGCCGGCUCUGUUCCUGGGCCCGGGAACGAGGAAGGAGCUGACUUCUUUCUCCCCGUUGAAGUUGCCUGAAGCGCGGACGGGAAAAGCAGACAGGGGCAGGUCCGCCGCCGGCACCGGGCAUGAGCGAGGCGUUGGGGUCCUAGAGGAUCCUGGGGGAGUGACCGAAGAUGGGCAACCAGCCUGGGCGAACGGAGGAGCACGAUCAAGGAACAGUUUCAGCUACAAAGCGCACAGGGAUUCCAGCACCCCGGGAAGUAUCAUCAUCCAUAUCCAGAGAGAGGGCUGUGUUGCGUGGUCAAGCCAACACAAGGAAAACGCAACCCAGCCCCACCUCUUCUGGUACACCGACUCCUACCAAACACGUGCGCCCCACCAGCAAGUCCAAGCAAGAGAAUGAAACUGGUGACAAAGCUGUUCUGGAAUCUCAGGUUAAAGAGCUUCUGGCAGAAGCAAAGACAAAAGAUUCUGAAAUUACCAAACUCCGUUGUGAAUUGAAGAAAUGCAAAGAGAAAGGGUCACUUAAUGUUGAAGGAAUGGGUGCUUCCAACCAAAAUUUAGAAACGGUGUCGCCUGUUGGCAUAGAUCCAUUAAUACGGACCCUUCAGGAAAAAAACAGGACUUUUCAAAAAGAGCUUGCUAGCCUGGGAGAAGAAAAUCGUGUUUUGAAAGAGAAACUGCUUUAUCUAGAGAACUCUCCUGUCUCAGACACAACAACAAGCAGUGGAGGUGACAGCAGCCUCCCAACCCCAACUACCCAAGAAUCCAGCUUUGGAAGCACAUCAAAGCAUGCAUCGAGAGGUGAAAUGGAUGAGCACAGGCAGCACGUGAAUGGGGGUGCGCUGCACAAUUCGGGUUCUUCCAGCAGUGAUGUAACUAAAGCUUCCUUGUCGCCUGAUGCAUCUGAUUUUGAACAUAUAGCAGAUGUACCUUCCAGACCAGCAUCCUCCAACAGCAACCACUUCAAAGGCUCCAAAUGCUCCACUACAGGAAGUUCUCCAAACAAUAUUAGUGACCUUUCUGUUGCAUCUCUUACAGAGAGAAUCCAAAAGAUGGAGGAGAAUCACCACAGCACAGCAGAAGAAUUACAAGCCACUUUGCAGGAGCUAUCGGAUCAACAGCAAAUGGUGCAGGAGCUGACGGCAGAAAAUGAGAAGCUUGUGGAAGAGAAAGCUCUCCUGGAGACUUCCUUUCGUCAGCACAGAGACAGAGCAGAACAGCUGAACCAAGAAAAUGAAAAGCUAAUGACUCUCCUCCAAGAGCGAUCCAAGAAUGAAGAAAGCAGAGCGCAGGAGGGGAAGGUCCUUGAACUGGAACAGAAAUGUGCAGAAGUUCUUGAAAAAGCACAAUUUGAAAGAGAGAAAUUGCUCAACAUUCAACAACAGUUAACCAGCAGCCUACGAAGCUUAGAAAGGGAGCAUCAAGAUGCCCAGCAGGUGAUUAAAAGCCUGAGAGAAGAAAAUGAGAAGCUGCUUAAACUACUGGAAGUGGAACAGCAGAGCAACAGCACAGUGACAAAAACUCUGGAGGACUGUAAAAUUGCCUUAGAAGGUCUAAAGAUUGAGAAUGGCUCCCUCAAAACUCAGUUAGAGAGUGAGAAGCAAAAGGCUGCAGAAAUCAAUGCGAUGGGAUGCACUACGGACAACUCUGAGGUGCAAGAGAUGCUGAAAGUGGCCCAUGCCGAAAAGGAUCAGUUGGAAGCAGCUUGCACUGAGCUUAAGCAAGAGCUGCUGAAGGCAAGCAGCGAACUGAAGCACAUUCAGGGUCUGCUAUUGAAGGCUGAGAGCGAAUGUGGUCAGCUGAAGGAGGUGUGUGACCGGCAGGCUGAGCAACUGAGCAGAACCAGCCAGAAGCUGCAGGAAAAAACAUCAGAGACUGAAGCGGAUAUAAAAAACCUGAAGGAGACCAUUUUUGAGUUGGAGGACCAGGUGGAACAACAUCGUGCUAUAAAACUUCACAAUAACCAGCUCAUCAGUGACCUAGAAAGUAAAGCAAUGAAGCUGGAAGAACAAAAGCAAGAUGCAGAGAGGCAGCUGAAGGCUCUGACUAAGCAAAUGAAGGAAGAUACAGAAGAGUGGAGGCGUUUUCAAGCUGACCUGCAGACUGCAGUGGUUGUAGCCAAUGAUAUUAAGUGUGAAGCCCAGCAGGAGCUCCGUGCGGUAAAGAGAAAGCUUCAGGAGGAAGAGGAGAAGAGUGCCAGACUGCAGAAGGAGCUGGAUGAAGCGAAGGGCAGCAACAGGUUGGUUAUUUACAAAGGCCAAGAUUUGAUCUCUGUGACUGCUAACAUGCAUGCAAACAGUGCUUUGUCAAUAACUAUUCAUUGGCUUGAUGUGCUGACAGCUGAAGAGGUAGAAUCUCUAGAGGCAGAUACAACCAACCGCUGGCAAGGAGUCUGCAUUAGCAGAGCAUCUCCCACACCGUCAGAAUCUGCAGCCACUGUGAAGUCGCUGAUAAAAUCAUUUGACUUAGGAUGCUCAGGUAGCACUGGACAAAAUAUCACAGUUCACAAGGUCCCCAGGAGCCCUCUAAGUGGAAUUCCAGUGAGGACAGCCCCAGCAGCUGCUGUUUCCCCCAUGCAGAGACAUUCUGUUUAUAAUAACGCCAAGCCAGCCAGCAAGGGUGUUUCCAGACACACAGAUCUUUCAGACCUUCCUCUUGCAGACCUUCUGAAGGGGAGAAAUGAAGAGCUGAAACCAGACCAUUACCUCCGUAAAAGCCCCUCCCUGGAGUCCCUGAGCAAACCCCCUAUGGCCUUCAGCAGCAGAAUGCUUACCUCUACCCCCAGCAGCUUGAAACCCCAAAGCAAACUCAGCGUGGAGAGGAAGGACCCACUGGCAGCCCUGGCUCGGGAGUAUGGUGGUUCAAAAAGGAAUGCUCUGUUGAAAUGGUGCCAAAAGAAGACUGAAGGUUACCAGAAUAUUGAUAUUACCAACUUCAGCAGCAGCUGGAGUGAUGGGCUGGCCUUCUGCGCUCUCCUGCACACGUAUUUGCCUGCACAUAUUCCUUACCAGGAGCUCAACAGCCAGGAUAAAAAGAGAAAUCUGCUGCUAGCAUUUCAAGCUGCUGAAAGUGUAGGCAUCAAACCCAGUCUGGAACUCAGUGAGAUGAUGUACACGGACCGGCCAGACUGGCAGAGCGUGAUGCAGUACGUCGCCCAGAUUUACAAGUACUUUGAGACCUGAGGUGCAGAGCAAGAGGUGGACAGAAGUGGGGAAGAGAACAAAGAAUGCUACAGAUGCACUCGAUCACUUUAAAAAUCUCCUUGCUCCUCUUCCACAACCAACCUACGCUCUUAGUUUGGAAGAAAGCUCAUCCAUAAUUUUUAUUACAUCUGGGACUGCAACCGAAUGAAUAUCCGUUGUCCAUCCAUAUGAACCAAAUUUAUCUGUAAUUGUUUCUGAACAGGAUCCCUUGUGCUAAACAAUGUUUGCCUCAAACCAGACUCCACCAAGAGGAGACCUGCUACAAAAUGAAGUUCUGAAUCAGUGUGG